AUGGCCUGCUGCUCCACCAGUUUCUGCGGAUUUCCCAGCUGCUCCACCAGUGGGACCUGUGGCUCCAGCUGCUGUGAGCCCAGCUGCUGCCAGCCAACCUGCUUCCAGACCAGCUGCUGCCAGCCAACCUGCCUCCAGACCAGCUGCUGUCAGCCAACCUGCCUCCAGACCAGCUGCUGUCAGCCAACCUGCCUCCAGACCAGCUGCUGCCAGCCAACCUGCUGCCAGACCUGCUCUUGUGGAACCAGUUGUGGCUUUGGCUGUGGCCAGGAUGGUGGCUGUGGAGCUGUGAGCAGCCGCACCAGGUGGUGCCGCCCAGACUGCCGCGUGGAGGGCACCUGCGUGCCCCCCUGCUGCGUGGUGAGCUGCACACCCCCUACCUGCUGCCAGCUGCACCAUGCCCAGGCCGCGUGCUGCCGCCCGUCCUACUGUGGACAGUCCUGCUGCCGCCCAGCCUGCUGCUGCGAGCCCACCUGCUGUGAGCCCACUCGGUAA